AUGAAGCUCAUAGGAGAAGCAGAGCCUCGGCGCUCAGUCAGGGCGACCAAGGGCCAACAUACGAAGUCAUUCGACGAACUCGAACCUGCAGUAGCACCGAAGCGACGGCAAACCAAGAAAACAAAGAAGGCGCAAGAGAAGGAUCAGUCGCAGGAGCCUGAAGAAGUUAUUCGCUGUGUCUGCGGAGCAACAGAACAAGAUGAGGACUCGGGCGAGGCUUGGAUCUCUUGCGAAACUUGUUACGCCUGGCAGCACAAUGUGUGCGUUGGUGUGAGCUCCUUUGAGGACGAAAUCCCUGAAAAUUACUGGUGUGAACAGUGUCGGCCGGAAGAUCACAAAGAGCUUCUGGCAGGUAUUGCCAAGGGAGAAAAGCCAUGGGAGGCUCGACGGAAAGCACACGAGGAAGAGGAGGCUGAGCGAAAGAAGAAGAAGGGAGGACGAAAAGGCAAGGGCAAGCGAACUAGUGAUUCCAAAGACGAGCUGGACAAGGAUGGCAAAGCCAAGGCGAAGCCAUCACCAGCACCCGAGCCCGCGUCCAAGGAUAGGAAGGAACCCGCCGCAAAGCAGACCAAGCGAAAGUCUAGGGAAGAAUCUCAAGACACAGACGGCAAGUCGGCCAAACUGCGCCGUGUAUCAGAACGUGAUACUGCUACGGGGGCCUCCAAGUACACCAAGCCUGAUGACCUGGCUGCAUCGAUAUCAGAAUUGGCUCCGCCACGAUCAGGUCCUGCGAAAGCUCUGAAAAAGUCUAUUUCUCAUGUUCUUGCCGCGAUUGUGAAGGAUGGAGAACUCAAGAUUCCAGAAGGCAGUACAGAGGACAGUGUGUCCGAAGAGUACGCCUUGCAAAUAGAGCGGGCCGUCUUUGACACCCAUCCGGCAUCCAAAGGCCAGAAGGAAUACAAUCAGCAGAUAAAGUCUCUGACCUUCAACCUUAAGAACAAUCCGGAAGUGAUGCAUGGCUUGCUGCAUGGCGUCCACUCACCUGCAACUCUAGCCGUCAUGACAUCGGAACAGCUCGCGUCAGCUGAACUACAAAAACAGACGGCUGAAAUGAGGGCAAAGGCGGAGAAACAAUCCAUCUUGUAUACACAAGAAACUGGUCCCCGUGUUCGAAGAACCCACAAAGGCGAAGAGGUCGUUGAGGACGAGACUGCCCUGAACGAUGCUCCUUUGCCCAUGGCUGGCGGACCCCGGAAAGGUGACAACCAGCAUCCGCCGCUUGUUAAACGAGAGUCGACCGGAGGAGAUCAUGUUGAUUUGAAAGCAAGAUCACCAUCUCUGUCCACAGCACAACACUCCCCUACCCAGUCAAAUUUUGACAUCAACAAGGUGUUUUCAACCGUCAAGUCGCCAACACUAUCUCAAAAUCGUCGGCCGUCUGCUCCAGUUCUCAAUACAAACGGCCCCGGAUUUGACCCAGAUGUCGAUCGAAUGCUUCAAGAUGAGACGGAAUCGCCGCCGUAUUCACCAACCGAGGAAUCGCAUGACCCUGACGUUGUCUGGAAGGGGUCGCUUGCAAUGAGUUCCAUUGCGGACUUCCAGGCCACGGCCAAGCAUGUUGGCGGAGCCAACUUUUCUUCGUUUGGGCCUUGGUCGAAGCUGAUUCCCAAGCGAAUGACGGUUGCUGGACGCAUUCCACAGCAGAGUGCAAUUGAAUAUUUAUGUAGCCUGCGCUACAGCAACCUCACCGACAUUGUUGUCGUCAGCAUCAUACCGACAUCUGCAGAGUCGCAACAAGAGUUUAAGUCAUUGGUCGACUACUUUAUUAGCAAGGGUCGAUACGGCGUCGUUGGUAACAAGGUGGCAGGAAAUGUCAGGGAUACGUACCUUGUGCCUGUACCUGCCGGCGAUGACGGACACCCAGAGUUCAUGCUGAACCUCGUUGACAAUUACAUCCCGAAGACGAGGACGGAACCUAUGCUGCUGGCUGUGUUUGUGUAUCGCAAUGAACCAGACCAGCUAAAGCAAGGUAAAGACGAACUCACGCCCACGCCAACUCCCCAGCCCCCAAGCGUUACCGCAUCUCCAACCCCUGGACCAGGUGGACAGAGAAGCAACUCGAUGUCAGGGCCGGCAUUCUCGCCUGCAACUCCUCAAGGCCCAUUUGGUCAGCCACAUCACGGAGGACCACCUCAGUCGACAACGCCAGUGCCUAUCCCUCAGCCGCCACAUAUGCAACGACCGCCUCCACAGACUGCAGUUCCUCCGCCGAGUCACUCCCCUGCCCCUGGCGGCGGUCCAAUGACCGAAGCUCAAAAGUAUCAGGCACAACAAGCCGGGCAAGCAACUGCAGCCCAAGUGCUAGGCGAGUUCAUCAGCGUGCCUACAGUACAGUUUUUGCUACCACAGGCGUUCCAAAUGUCUCGACGGGAAUGGGAAGUGAUAAAAUCGAUUUACGAAAAGGAUCCCCGAGCGCGCCAGGAUCUACAAUAUCUGGGCGCACUUUUGGAGAAGGAAGGUUCGGAGAAGAGAGCACAAGGCAAUGCCGCCAUCGGAGCACCGUCGUAG